AUGGCUCACGUCUGUACUUCAACAGUUGUGUGCACACGUUAUGGCUGCCUCCCCACCUGCCGCUCAGUAGCCUGGAAGACCAUCUCUGCCUUGACUGGCGAUUGGUGCCGGAAAACAUCCCCUUCCCCUUUUGCACGCUUUUCGGCCCCUGCUCCUGGUUUCAAUGGCCCGACAACCUUGCCUAUCAACGAGCUCGCUAUCGCCCUCAGUACUUCUGGCAUCGCUUCGAUCUGCGACCUCCCUGGUUUUCGCCGCCACAACAACACAUGCCUCUAUAGAACGCUAAGACCAUCCCCAGCUUGUCUCCGGCUACCAAAACACUACUUCGACACACCUUCAACACACCUUCGACACCUCAGGCAUCACCUCAGACACACCUUCAGCUCUUUCUGCUUGUCUUCCAUCGCUCACUCACGUGCUUUUUUGUUCUUUGAGAAAGGCUCCACGGCUCAAAAUCUUUGUUAUGAAGUGUGUUUUUUUUCCAAUACCGAAAUACCGCCUGCAGAGAAAAUGGUCUACUAUUGGGAAAAGUGUGGCAUCUAG